AGAUGCGAGUGUGUUUUCCCUAGACUCGCUCGCUAGUUUUGUAUUAUCUUUGUUUUGAGCUACACACGCUUCCCCACAUUUCUCUCAUUAAUCCCGAAAAUAGUAGUUUUUUAAAACACCACACACAUCGGCACACUGGAAAACCGAUCACCAUCCUCCAGUUUUCCGUUCUCCAGCGUACCCAGUUUCAACCAGUUUUUCCAUCAGCGUCUCAGUAAAGCUUACAAAACAGCAUAAACAAGCAAACAAGCAAUCCUGUAACGCCCGAUAUAAUAGUGACUGCGCCCAACCAGUAGUCCCAGUGUGAACGCUUUAUUAUCCAGUGUACAAGUGUGUUUAAAAUCCGUCAAAAUAACCACCUUCGAAGCAAGCAUCAUUGAAUCCUUCGCCGAAAUGGAGGACAACAAAAUGGUCAAGAUCGGGGACAUCAACCUGUCCGAUGAUUCGGCAGUAACCCUCACCAUUCGACUCAUCAUGCAAGGAAAGGAAGUCGGAAGCAUUAUCGGAAAAAAGGGAGAGAUCGUCAAGCGGUUCAGAGAGGAGUCCGGCGCAAAAAUCAACAUAUCAGACUGCUCGUGCCCGGAACGAAUCGUAACGGUGUCCGGAACGAGAAGUGCGAUCUACAAAGCCUUUACACUAAUCACGAAGAAGUUCGAAGAGUGGUGUUCCCAGUUUCAAGACAAUACGAAUACACAGGGCAAACCACAAAUUCCAAUUCGUUUGAUUGUACCAGCUAGUCAGUGUGGCUCUUUGAUCGGAAAGGGUGGCUCAAAAAUCAAAGAAAUUCGUGAAAUCACCGGCUGCUCGAUACAGGUUGCAAGCGAAAUGUUGCCAAACUCGACGGAACGCGCCGUUACGCUCAGCGGUUCCGCUGAAGCCAUUACGCAAUGCAUCUAUCACAUAUGCUGUGUCAUGUUGGAGUCACCACCGAAGGGUGCCACAAUUCCGUACCGGCCAAAGCCACAGGUGAAUGGACCGGUAAUAGUGGCUAAUGGUCAGGCGUACACCAUUCAGGGUAACUACGCCGUCCCGGCACAGGAGACCUGCACAGUAUAUCCACUAGCCAUUACCGGUGGCUUGCAUGCGGGCAUCUCCGGUUUAGCCGAUCCAUUACUAAAAGGAACACAUCUACAGGGAGCGAUACCUCCACAUCAUCUACAACCGAUACCUGAUGUUUCGGGAAUCGCUAAAAAUCCGCUUGCAGGUUUAGCAGCACUUGGAUUAGCUGGCGCGAUUCCCUCUAACACCGGUGGACUUAACCCAACUGCUCUCGCCGCAUUGGCCGGUUCUCAACUGCGAACCAACAACAACCGCAACGUAGCUCCAGUUCAGUCUCAAUCACAUGAAAUGACCGUGCCAAAUGACCUGAUAGGUUGCAUUAUCGGUAAGGGUGGCACCAAGAUUGCAGAGAUACGCCAGAUUUCCGGCGCCAUGAUACGCAUUUCCAACUGUGAGGAGCGUGACAGUGGCAACACGGACCGAACGAUCACCAUCACCGGCAAUCCGGACUCGGUCGCACUUGCCCAGUAUCUGAUCAACAUGAGCUUUAGAAGUGGUGAUGGUGGUAGCAAUGGCAGCGGUAGCAGCAGCAGUAUCCUCCGACCGAUGACAACCUCCACGAUGGCGGCAGCAGCAGCGGCAGCGAGCGUACGGAACGGGAAUGCAGUGGCAGCGGCAGCGGCAGCAGCUGCGGCGGCGGCGGCCGCAUCCGGUCCGGGCAAUGCGGCUGGCAUCGGUUACAACGGUAUGACACCGGCGGUCGGCACGGUUGCAUUUCCCUUUCUGCGCUACGGACUCAAUCUAGAUCGGAAGUAAUGAGACACACACACACACACAAAAACAUUGAUAGUUGCCACAGCUUCACGGUUCGAGAGGAAAAACAACCCAAAUAGUAACAUCACACACAACACCGGAAGAAUGUGUGUGAAACAAAUGCAUGCGAAAAUGGUACAGAUUGUAUUGUAAUGCCAGGAACUCUAAAGUAAUAAGUAAAACAGAAAACAAAACACCUGCUAUAUUCAAGAUCUUAUGAAAGUAAGAACAGUCAAGAAGCGCCCUCACUUUUUGAUUAUGUUUUACUAAGCGAUUUGCUACAGGAUAGCAGGUUAGCAAUUUGUAGAAGGGUGCCGUUUGUAACAAAAAAAACCGACCCACAAAAUAAAACUUGAAAUGGAACUUAAAAUUAAUCACACUGCGGAUGGGUGCUGCCUGCUGCUGUGUGUGGUCGCUGUGAGUAAAUGGAGGGAGAUAAAGAGAGAGCAAAGAUGAUAUACACACAUCACAUCUAUUCGUAUAGUUCAAUUAUCGUUAAAAUAUGUCAGCGUUAUUGAAACUGAUUUAGGUUAGGGUUUUGUUUUUUUUUCUGUAAGUAAAUGUUUCGAUUUUAUUUCUCUCUCCCUUUACUUUUAUUUGUUUUUUGUUUUAAUUGUCGUCCAGAAUGUGUUUUUCUUUUGUAAGCAGCUUGUUAAAGCAGGCAAAAAUUUCAUUAUAUUCAUAAAGCUCUUUAUUAUUAAACGGCAUUAGUUUAGGACGGAAGACAAAUCUAAGAAGGAAAACAAAAACAACUCCCAAAAUUGCGCGCGUAGUAAAUAUAGUAGUACACCCGGAGCGUGAUGCACUGUGAAAAUGUGGUAAAAAUGAUGCUUUAACAAAAUUUUCCCAUUUCGGCAUGCUCGUAACAGUCGAAAUUAGUAUACAUUGGGUUUUUGUGGUGAUAGACAGUUAAAAUAGUUAGCCGUUUUUUUCUACAGGUUAUGUUCCGUUUUGUUUUUGCGCUUUUUAGGGAAAAGCAUUUAGCGACAAAGACAAAAUACAACACGCCAUCUACGCCGUUGCGUCAAAUAGUCAAAUAAAUCAGCGUUAGCGUUUAUUAGAAUCAAUAGUGACUAUCGGCUCGAAUCGAGUGAAUGAAUGCAACCUUAAAAGGUAACACAACAAGAACAAAAAACCAGUUAGGGGUGUUUUGUUAUGCGAAGCGUGUUGUUGUGACCAAACAAAAAAAAACAAGCGUAUGAAUGUGGAACUAUUAUGAUAUAUUUUUUCAACAAGGUAUCAUACAAACGAGCAACAAAAGAAGAAAAAAAUGAUGAAAUCGUUAGUUAAUGUAUACGAAGAAGAUUACUCUGUGAACGUGAAAAUCUCAAAAUACGUGAAAAUACACACAAUAACAUGUAUCCAGAAAGAAGUAAACAAACAUGGAAAUGAUGUAAAAGAUAAAACAAGCACUCAGUAAAAGAAGUAACAAGAAAAGCAAAGAGAUGAAAAGAAAGUAACAAAAAGCAAAAACCCAUAUGAUGUUUAGUGAAACAAAGAAAAAAAAGGAACAUAUCGUGUGCAAUUUACUAUCGAAAGGGGAAAACAACAAUUCCCAUUUCGCUUCGUUUAUUUUUAUUCGCCCCUCCCUAUAUCAAAAGAACCAGCAUCAUCACACACGGAAGCUCUCCAUAUCGUAAACGUUAAUAGAAUGCGUGAAAUAUUAUUAAUAAGAAAGCUCGGUUUUAACACACUGCAAUGUGCAAUGCGUGAGGCAAAGGAAAAUGGUGAUGUUUUCUUAUAUACAAAACACACUUAAGCAAAACAACAGCCACAAAAAAAAAACAAAACAAAAGUUGAGUACAACUAAGUAAAUUAAUUUUAAAACAAUUGCUCGAUUAGGAUACGGAUUUUUGUUUCGUGUUUUGCUUUGGUGAUUUGAAUUUGUUAUCAUUUCCAUUGCACAUAUUGCACGAGCAAUGCGGAAUACAAAACAAAUAAGCAAAGAAAGAAGAAAACAAACACAGGCUAAGCGUAUAACGUGUAAGACAAAAAAAGACAUUUGUAAUGUUCAAAGAUUGUUAAUGUUUUCUUUAUCGGUAAUAUGACGUCGCCGUGUUGUGGAAGCUAAACCACGGGAAACUAAAUUAAUACUUCAGAAAUGGGGGACAAACAAAAAAGAAAGAAGGAAAACACGCAAUAACUGAUAAAUAAGCAAACCGGCAACCAUUUGCCUUCUUUUCACAAAACCAAAAUGCUCUCUCGUUUUGUUUUAGUGCUCGUAAUUUGACGAUAGUUGCAAUGUGUUUUCAAAAAAAAAAAGAGAAAAAAAAGCAGUGGGAAGGAAUAUUCUCUUCCAACCAGCUGUAAAUAAAGGUUCAUAUUUUGUAUCCGUUUCGGGUUUUUGUUUUGUUUUGUUUAAUUUUGCUACAAAACGUUGAUUAAUUUGUGUGCAACAACAUGUAAAUUAACAACAAAUGCAUGUCGCUAAUCUUUGUAGUUGAUAGCAACAGAGAGAGAGAGAGAGAGAGAGAGAGAGAGAGAGAGAGAGAGAGAGAGAGAGAGAGAGAGAGUAUCGACACUGAGAAUAGUAUUUUGAACGUUAGAAGGGAGCUUUUCGCUAAAAAUUAAAAUACUUAAGUGAAACGUAAGUGCCAAAAAUAAAUAAAAGUAAAUAGACAUAGCCAAGGGGUGGGUUAGCGCGUGAAAAAGAGUGUGGGAACAGAAAACGGGAAGGACAGGGAAUCGGAUUGCAACAAUCGACUGAACUUUCCUUCGGUUCCGGGAGCAUCUACCCUUUUGCUCUUAAACUUUCCCCUCUCCCUACUCCCCAUAACCCAUCGUUAUUCCUUAGUAAAGCGCCAGCAAAUGUGUAGUAUCGUUCAGAAGGGCCAAAGCGCGCAAAAACUGGCUUUUUUGCAAAUGUAAAGGUUUGCAAAUGUUUUCUCACGAGCACUGUUCCGUAUAUAAAGUAUAGAAGAAACAAACAACAUUGGCUGAAACAUUAGCCGUACGUAGAACGUGGCUUUGGUUGAAACAGAUAGUUUAGAGGCAAACGGCAAACGGUGUUUACUUAUGCAUUCGAAUUGAAAACACACUUAUCUUUAGCGAUGUAUACCACAUAUAUAUAUAUUUCAAACAAAUUGAAAAGACAUAAUUGUACUUUGCGUUGACUGUUCUCUCUUAGUUCUGGUUUUUGUUUUGAUUUAAUCAAAUGUCGCUUAAUUCGUAAUAAAAAAUGUUAAAAUCCCAAUACUUAGGCUGAUACUGCAUGUAACAUGUACUAGCAAAAAAAAAACAAACAAUCUUUCGAAGUAGUAUGCACGAACCAGAUCCAUUUUCUGUACGCUAAUACUGUAGAAUGCUUUUCCGCUCUCCAAAAAAAAAAACCGUUAGAAAGCGAGCGAAAAUGAUCAAGCCAACAGUGGAAGAAGCGGCAUUUAAAUAAAAAAAAAACGAUUAAAAAUUAAAGCAAAAGUAAAACAAUCAAUCAGGGCCGGCACCUGUCGAAUUUUCGAUGUCUGGAAAACAGGGUUAAAAUUACGGUGUGUGUUACUCCAAACUGUAGUGUGUGAUGGGCAUGCGCGCGGGGUACAAAAAAGAGAAAGUGGAGCAACACUGUUAAAAUAGGAGAUAACGGCGACAAACUGUGUCCUGUCUGCCUCCUUUCCGUUUGCGCACGGACACAAUCACAACGCAACGAGCGCACGAAUAGGGAAAAACUAAACAAAAACUGAAAAAAAUAUUAGUGUUGAACUAGAUUAAAAUUAUAACAAAACCGCAAACAAAAGAAACAAACAAUUUGUAACUAAUGUGUUUUGUGCACGCACUUUCUGCUCCUUCCCCUCAAUUUUCCUCUCUGCCCCUUUCCCACCCAAAUUUUCCCUCAAUAUCAAAUGGCUCAAGAGUAGUAGUGAACGAAUUUAUUUAAUGUUGUAAUCUUAAACACUAGAAGUCUUAUGCCUUGUAAUAACCAUUUAUAUAAUCAUAUACAUAUAUUUAGCGAUCGGGCUCAAUUCACGCAGGGAACGAACAGACAUCAUCAUUCAAGUUUUAAACACAAAAACAGACACACACACGCACACAAACACUCUUUAGUCUUUAGUCGGCUAUAAAACCACAAUGGGUUCUCUCAUAUCGGACACGAAUUAUAUCCAAGUUAAAGAAACCCUUCUAAGCGCGAGACGCAUGUGUAGGAAGCGACUUAUUUUAUAAUCUUUGUACACACACACACACACACACACACACACACACACACACACACACACACACACACACACACACACACACACACACACACACACACACACACACACAAAACACUCAUGAACUCACACAACUGAAUGAAGCAACAAUAAUAAAACUUUACACGUAAAAUGAAAUUAAAACAAUACCUUAUCCAUAUCAUCACUCAUACCAUAUCCGACGAAUUUUGUAUUAUCUAUACAUAUUAUAUGUAUUAUCCCCACAUGAAUGUGUGUCUGUGUGUGCGCGCGCGCGCGCAUUUUUCUAGUUCCAGCAUUCAAACCCCCUUUUUGCUGCAUAUAUUAAAGCAUGAAAAAUUAUGAAUAUUAGAGAGAGAAAAAAAUACUUAUAUCACGAUACAUUCGGGGGCGCAAAAACCGUUUGAUGCAGUCAGUCAGGCGAGUUAGUUUGUAGUGACAAACACACAAAAAGGUAAUCUGUUCGUUCAUUUCUUACAUAAAAACCUUCUUGUUUUAUACGUUUAUUUAUCGAUUCAAUACUGUUUAUACGUUUAAGUUAAUAGUAGCUAUUAUUACACAUUAUUAGUUAUACAUUUUCUAACAUUUUAAUACGAGCGUGUUAGUUAGCGGUAGUGGACAGAAAAAUAAAAGCUAGUGCGCUUUUUAGUAGCAACAUUACUACAUUUGCUUACUAACGAAUCGGUUCAUCUAGCCGUGCUUUUAUUCUCCUUUAUUACUGUUCUAUCCUUCUAGCGACGCAUAGAGAGACUUAAACACACUGACUAAUCCGACCGGAAGAAUUUAAUCGAAAAGCAAUAUGCACAUUUAGAGAAAGGGAGAAAAACCACCCCACGGGGGGGAAGGCGUUUACUCGUUUACUUGACAGAUAUAAACGCACCUUUGAAAUAUGUAAUGCAAAUACGAAUGUGAGAACAAUUUGUGUGGAAAGUUAAAUUUCGAUACUAUUCGUUGUUUAAUAUGCACCAGUUUUAUAUCCACUUGUGAAUCCACACAUACACACACAUACACACUUGCGCAUGAAUUUUACAUCACAAUUUAAACCAUGUAAAUGCACCACACCUAACAACACAUAAGCAAACUAACAACAACAAAAAACUAUUCAAAAACAUUCAUAUAAACAUUUCAUUAAGAUGGUAGAAGAAAAAAAAACAACCACUUUUUAUUAAAUAUCCACAUUCUGCUGUAAUUGCUGGAACGCAAAACGGGAAUGGAAAUUUGCGCCAAAAAAUGAUGUCGUGCACAUGCGUCGUCCUGCGCAUAUGCGUUGUGGUGUGGCACUCAACUCAUGUCAAUCAAUAUUAAGAGCUUUACUUCCUUCCAUCCGGAAGCGGAAGGAUGUGACUUUAAAACAAUAGCCAAGUUAGAUGAAGCAACAAAAAAAGAGCGAGAGAAAGAGAGACAUCCGUUGUAGUAGUAGCGGUGUGUUGUUUGUGUCCGUACGUAGAAAGGCCACUUCGCUUAGGAAUGCUGCGACCAAAAUAAGAAAAAAACCACCGCGUUGUGUAGCAAUUUGUCCACUGUUCUGUCGCAGUCGAGUUAUGCUAACAAUGCUUUCCCAGACACCCCUUAACGCCCGGUAAGAAAGUGAAAAAAAAACACACAUAAAAAUCGGCAAGAUUACAACAUAAUAUAAAAGCCAAACAAGCGAGAAAAAACACAUACUAAUUUAUAUUAACCUUAAAGCAAUAGUUUACGCAAAGGAAGUGGGGGAAAAAGCGGUUAAGCAAGGAGCAAGGUGUAAUAAAAAAGCAACAAAGAACCAUUUUUUUGAUGUCGAGUUCAGAUUUUGUGUUUUAAAUUCACAACUGUUGAUAUAGAUGUAUGUGUGGGUGUGUUUGUGCGUCGUGUGUCUUCAGAGUAGUUAUAGUUAAUAUUAUGAAAACCUAAACAUUAGCCAAUUUAGUAACAAAACACAAACACACAUAGAAAAAAAAAGAAGAAAACAAAUAGUAACCAAACUCUACAUGUUAAGAAUAUUGAACGUGUUAUUAAGUGAUGAAUAAACUUUGCAUACAAGUAACGUAAUAGCAACGUGUGCAAAUGGCGUGUGUGCAUGUUUAAAGCAGACACAUUAUUUGUUUGGUGGAAACAGCAUCUCAUUACAUGUGGUAUGGGAGGUUUAUUACGUAGCAAAGCAACAAAAAAAAUGCACGUAAAAGAACGUGAAGAACGCAAACACAAAUUAAGUUAAAAAGAAAAGAAAACAAAACAAAACACUAACAGCAAGCUAGAAUAUAAUAUCUGCAUGCAAAAAGGGAGUGCCAUUUGAAGGUAGAAGUAGUAAAACAGUGAAAGCCAGUAGUUUCGUGAAUGCGUGAAUAGAACAAACAAACAAAAGUGUGGUUUUUUGUUUUGUUUUUACUACUCGAAAGGCGACACAGGCUAAAGACAACAAUAAAGUGUUAAAGUAAUCGACUAAGGGAUCAAUAACCAAAGAAAUUUCAUGAGAAAAAAAAUCAUCAGUCAUACUCAACAUUACACUCACACAAAACUAUCAGAGCAACAAAAAAAACACGCUGAAGGAGACUGCGAUCAGCCAUACACAUGUGUUUUUUGUAUUUGUUUUAGUUGUUUUAUUAGAGAUUUCGUUUUUGUUUGAUAGUUUAUUGAAUUUUAAAGAUUUUUCCUAAUCUUUUCUAUCUAAACUACGUAGUAUAACAGAACGUAUACAAUGUUUUUAAUUAUUUGUUUUUUUUUCUUUUAAAUAUCAGAGGUAGAGGACAAAAUAAAAAAAAUUAUUAACAGAAAGAACACAUGUUUAGUAAAUAUGUGUUUGUAAAGCUUUUUUUCCAACUAAAUAAUUAAAAAUACACAAACAAACAUAAAAAAGACGAACAACAUUUACAAAAGAGUAACACGUGCAAAAACAAGAAAACAAAAAUGAAGAAACCACUCACUAGAAAGAGAGAGAGAGAGAGAGAGCGGAGAAUACACGCAUGAUGAUUAUAAGUGAUAUAUGUGAUGAAUUUUGUACAUUGAUUUCGUUUUUUCACUAAGAACGCAUAAAGGGCUGUGAUUUUAGUGGUAGAUGUAACAAAAACAAAGAGAAAAAACAAAGCAAAAGGAAAACGGAAGCGUGUUGCAAACAAGGAAACAAACAAACAGUACAUCAAGACGAUGAAAACUUUAGCAGGAAAGGAAGAAAGGAAAAGAAAAAAAACACACACACACACACACAUGGCAAACAAGAAAGGUGUGUUGUAUGUAACGCUUAGCGGAAAUAUGAAUGGAAAAUGGCCGGAAUGGUGGUGUAGGUGCAAGUGAAAAUGUGUGUUUUUGUGUUUCGCACGGCGAAAAAAAAAAGAUCGUUUAAUAAGCGAAAACAGGAAAGAAAAAAAUGGGAACAACACAGAAAAAGGUACAAAAGAAAAACAAUAGAGAAAAAAAAAUUAAGAAAACACCCACACAAUCACAUUAUGCUAUGCAAAACACAAACAAAGAACACGGCACGAACAACUCUAAACUGAUAUUAGAGAAGGUCGUAAGACGAUUGACAAAACAGCAGCAUCCUUCCACCUUUGUUAGCUGUUUUGUUGUGUUUUUUUGUUCGGAAAAUAAUUCAGAAAAAAAAGGAUGUUUCUUACUCUCCUUUGCCUCCAUAUUGUGCCAUUUAGAUUGGUAAAUGUUUCCAACCAUUGGAUAAAUUCCUUCUUUACAUCUCAUCAUUGAUGGGGGUGCUUCUUUCCAAGUGUGUGUGUGUCUGCACACAAAUCAGCCUUUUAAUCCUUCCUUAAAGCUGUUGCCCUCCCCCGCUCCAUUUGGUAAGCUUUUCAUGCUUAAUAAUGGUCCAUUUUCAUAUGCUGUACUAUAAAAUGCCACCAACCCACCAUCUCUUAUGAAUCAAAUGUGCGCCAAACGAUCGUAAUCGGACAAAGCGGGCCAGAACCUUUUUCGAACCGUGCCAGCAACCAACUCAGCCAACAGCCAAGAAACUGCAUUUGUGCUAAUGAUAACACUCAUACUCACACCUACACACCAUUCAAGCAAGCAAACACCUUCAACUCUAAAUUAUCUAUCAAGCGAUAAAAGAUAAUAAACCAAAACAAUAACAAACAUCGCGGCAAGAGCAACAACCACCGAAAGCGAUCGAGAAUAUCUAAACCACGUCCCUUUAUGUGUAAUUACCAUUAUUACUAACACACAAUCAUAACCAUUUUUUGCGUUUUUACUUACUUCUAUUGCAUGUGCAUUACUAUUUUGGUUGACCAAAUUUGUAUGCCACCCGUCCAACAUUCAAGCGACAUGAAGGGCUUCCCUAGAGUCGGACAAGUGGAUAAGAAAUUGGUUAGAUUUGUUCAAUAUGUUAGACGCGCAUACAUUAAAAAAAAACAUAGGGAGAAAUAAAGAAGAACGAGAGGAAACACACACACAUAAAUCAAUUUCCUUCCUUGCAAUGGAAGUAGAUGCAAAUCAAGUCACUUAGCUAACUAACUCAAUCUUUUUAACACUCCCUGAAGAGAAAAAGAUAAAACACACACACAGAAAGAGUUUUGGAUAACAUUCGAUUCGUGCGAACUCCUUUAUAAGUAAAGUUUUGUAAACCAUCCACUCCCAACACGAUCUCCUGUGGAAGCUUAAAAGGUCACCUUGCUCAUCGGUAAAAGCACUAGCAACAAUCAUUGAAGGAAUUCGAUUGUCAUUCCACUUUUUGUUUAACAAUUUUUUCGCGAAGAAAAACAUCAUUAUUUAGCUAACUGUAGUGAAAAGAAAGGAAAACAAUUGUGCCAAAAAGGAUUAAAGUUCAUCGAUACACAAACACACGCUGGUUUACAGGUUUGUGUUUUCGUACAAGCUCUUCAAGUAUGACAGAAAAAAAUGCCAUCAUGAUAUGGGGGGUGAUGUGUAAGAACCAAAAAAAAAAAACAAAACACGUUCUUUGUAGAAAGUUGACUGAAAAGAUGCCGCCAGACAAGAGAAGAAAAAACAAACCAAACAAAAACCGGGGAAAAAACACAAAUGAAGUAAAAGCGACGAACCCCCCUAUCUUUUUGAAGGUAAGGUGCUUUUUACAAGUAGAAGAGAUAGAGUGUGGCGCAAAAGGGGGCAAAAUUUGAUGAGUUCGAAAUUAGAAGUACUACUAGCGAUACAUAUAUAAGAUAUAUAAGAACAACAAAAAAAACAGCAUGCGAAUAGUGAAAGUAUAGUAAAACAACACAACAAAAGCGUAUCAGAUUGUUUUUUUUUCCUUGGUUUUUGUUUGGGAGGUUCGUUUGUUUGUUGCCUUUUGAUACAUUAAAUACUGCAUUAGAAAUAUGAAAGUGAAAUAAUGGAUAUAAUGCAACGUAAAUGGAACAAGAGAAAGGAAACAACGGAAAAGAGAAGAGCGUAAGAUAAUUCUUUUACUUUCGCACCAACAAACUCAAACUUUUAUUUAAUAUGGACACGAACUAAAAAGGCAAGUUAUACUCCCAUCCCCACCACAACCUUCCUCGUCGUGGUAAUACAAUUUUACACAUGUAAUUGAGACUGAUUUAAUUUCAAAAUUUGAAAAAAAAAACCAUUUCGAAUAAGUUGCGUAGCAGCAGUUUCUCUCUCGCUCGAUUUCAACUCAUUAAUGGCAUGGGGAAAAUGCGCAUGCUUUUAUAAUAAGAUUAUGAUAAGAACUGUUUUUUUUCUUCUUAUUAUUAAGUGGUGCACCAUAGCCCAGCGUUUGGGUUUAGUUUAGUUUUAUCUCUGAGUUUUGGUUUUAUGGUACGACACACCGCGCCUCUCUAAUCGUUAUAUGUUGUUCGCCUCUCUCUCGAUUCGUUCUGUCGAUUUUGUGUUCUUUACUUCUCAAUAAAACUACCCGUUUUUUUUAUUUAAUUGUUGAUGUUUGUUUUUUCUAUACUUAAUUUUUUUUAUCCUUUUUUCAGCUAUUUCUCUUUGUGUUUUUAAUUCUUCUUCUAAACCAUUGGACUACGCGUAGGAAGCCGAGGGCGUGCGACAAACUGCGACAACACAAAAUGAUAAUAUAUAGACAACAAAACGAACAAAACGAGGUUUCAUCAGACAAAAGCAAUUGAGUCUCAAUAAAUGGGAAGGGUAAUGGAACAACUUCCGAUUAAAAUAUUUUCCUUCUUUUGGCAUUAGUUUUUAUCUUUUGCUUUCUGCUCACAAUGUCCAAUUCUAAACCAUCUCCCAUACCUCAACUCUCCCUUUCAUCUUUCAUUAAUUUUUAUUUUAGUUUUCAAGGAAUGAUAAGUUUUCUUGUUCUUCUUUGUUUUUUGUUGUACAAAAAAAACACAACUAGUGCAAAUUUGUAAAAAUGAAACAAUGUGAAGAAGAAAAAAAAAACAAACAACUGAUGGGGGAUGGGGAAUAAGAAUCACACGAACAACACGCAUAUACAAAAAUGCAGAGCAAAGAUAAAGAAAAUAUUUUGAAUCGAUGUCGAUGUGUAAUAUGGUUCAUGUCUUGUCAUAAUUUACAAACAGCAGGUAGAAACAGCAAAGCAAAAAAAAAAUGAAGAAAAACAUAAAGGAUAUAAAAGAAGCUUUACAUUUAAUUGAAAUGUUUUAUACUUAUCAUAUACAGUUUAGGGCAAUUAAAGGAAGAAAGAGAAAGCUGCCGGGUGGGGAAACUGGGGUUGGAAUAUUGCGCACGGUGCACACGGAUAGCAGCGUGUAGUGGUGGUAGUGGUGAAGCGUUUAGUGAAAAUGAUAAAUUAAUUAUAUAGAAAUUGAAUAUAUACACAUAUACAAAUCUAUUAAUGAGAAAAUAAAAGAAAAAAGAAACAUAAAUUAUAUAUAUGCAAAUUCAUGCAAACAACAUAGACCUGAAGUAGCUGCUCAGCAGAAUGGAAGGAUGGCACACAGUUUGAGGGUGGGGAAGGAAGAGGUGUUAAGAAGCAAAAUAGUAGUGAAAAAAAUGUAACCGAUCGAUUAGUAAUGCACCUCGGUUUGAAAGAGGAAACAAGAAAAAAGAACAAAUGAAAACGAAAGUGAAAAAAACAACUCUAAAACAGAAGACAAACAAUAAGAAAACAUUGCAUAAGAGAAAAGAAAAAACAAUUAGCAGCAGAUAACAGUAAUCUAAACAAAAGGAAAAAAAACAAAAUUAAAGAAAAAAGAAACAACACAACAUAGAACAACACUACAUGGCGCAGAUGGAAACGGUGGCAGCAUAUAAUACUUACAUAAGAAAAAGAGGUGCAACAAGAUGAUAAAACGACGGUUACACUAGUGGAAGUAGGUUUUUUUAUACACACAUACUAUUCUUAGCCAACUACUAGAGUACGUAACGUAGUAAACCGACUCGUGCAGCCCUCUGUUUACAGUCAGUCAAUCAACAGCAAGCAAAAGCAAAAGGAUAAAUAGAGUACGAUGGGGACAGACAGAGUAUGUGUGUGUGUGUUUGUUAAACUGUUUUCGAGCGUUAUGUUGCAUGUAAAUGGAACCAAACAGAAGACAAAAAAAUUACAUUUCCUCCCAUCACUUAACCUUACUUAUCCCGCACACACACGUUUAAAAAUUCAAUUGGUUUGUUAAGAAAGAGAAAAAGUAAACCGAAAACACUUUUACAACGUUUCCUACACCUUAUCAAUACAUUGCAUGCAGCACAGCAAAGUGAAGUUGUGAAGAACAGAGAGCGAACAGAGACGAAGGAGGAGUCAGUUGUGAAAGUAUGAAUACCGAACAAAACAAAUAAUUAAACCAAACAUAAACCGGAAUACAGGAAUUUUUCAAUGUGAAAGUUGUGCCAAGUUUUGCCCAAGUUUUUUCUAUUUGCUGGAAAACAAAGCUACAGAUAUUCAAUAUAUUAUCCACUUUACUAACCGUUGUACUGGAAGUAAGCUCUAUAUACAUAUAAAAUAUAUAGAAGAUAUAGAAACAUAUCUAUCGCCAAAACAAAACCCACAAACAAAACAAAACAAAUGCAAAAGUCACAAUUGUUCUCUAUAUAAAGUAAAGUUCUGUGUGUAAUAAGAUGAAAUGAUAACGAAACAAAAGGAAAGCGAACGAACAAUUUGGAAAAAAGCACGCAAAACCGAAAGCUAAAAAUAGUUUUAAUGAGAGAAAGGACAGGUUAGUUGAAAUUACACACAUUUAAAAUUCAUUCAAUGGGAGCAUUGAAGUCUCCAUUUUUUCAUGCUUGCAGGAUGCAGUCUCACACUGAGAGACAUCUUUUCAAAGUCAGUUUUGUCUCUUCCAGAUUUAUAUACGCGAAAAACUUUACACUUACCGAUACGUAACGAUGUUUGAAACGUUUUGCUGCACGUGAAAAUUUACUGAAGUGCACUUUAUUUCCAACUUACAAAAAAAAAGAAAGAUAUUCCACUCACUCACCAAACACAUUCAAUCCUCAAUCCACAAUAACAAAAAAAUACGCUCCAAAAGCAAAACCAAAAAAAAAAAAAUAAUAUGUGUGUAUUUACAGAACGAUAGGAGACGGUUAAUGAAAAUGUACGAUUUAAAUGUGUUCGUUUUUGACACGUUUUUUCAUACCCAAUCACCCAAGAAAUAAUUAAUGAACGUGGCACAAUUUGAAACAUUUGCUAUUAUAUUACCUGUGUACAACGUUGCACGGAAACAAAGGCACACUCCUCCCCGUAUUAAAAAGCAAACGUAAAAUCGUUGACAUACAUACAGACACACAGGCACACUGUUUCAUAGUUUUGUGUGAUAAAAUGAUAGGGGAUAAUGUAAACCCGUUUCUUAAAUGUGAUUUGCUUCUUAGUGUAUCUUAUGGUUAAGGGAUUCUACCUUUGUGUAAUAAUAAUGCACUUGCAUACAGCCAUACAAACACACACAGAAAAGUGGCAUUACACGCAUAUAGCAUAUAUAUAAAAGAAAACAUUUGCCAGAUUUUGUACACGUGCCAAUGAUGCUGAACAAACAAAUGAAAGGAAAAAUGAAUCUUCCGAGUAUGUAAAACACGAGUCGAAAAUCUAACAAAAGCAAAGGAAAAUAAAGAUGUUAAGAAGAGAAGAAAACAAACCCCGCAUAACGUUUUGUAUUACCAGCGUGUCCUCAAUAAUGCCCAAUAAUUCAUUAGAAAAACAGGGACUGAGCGUAAAACCCAUCCCCAUUGUUCAAUAUUUGGGUUUUGCUUCUAUUUACGAUUGGUUAAAAAGCUGGAAAGAGAAUAGGAAAACAAACGUUGCACAAACAAAACAUGUAAGACCGGGUUUGUUACUCUUAUUACUAGAUUGAGGGGAAAAAGUAGACAGAUAAUGGCAAAAAAAUAUUACUUUAAAAGAAGAAAGAAAAAGUAACAAAUGAAAAUGGGUAAUAGAGGGGGGAAAAACACAUUGCAGAAUAGAAGAAGAACAGAUAAAACUUAGUGUCGUAACAAAUGAAAUUAGGAAUGCAUGGCAAUCAUACAAAUAGAGCUUCUUUUUUAAAUACAAAAAAAAACAAAACACACACACACAGUUUUGCAUAGAGAAAGAGAGAGAGAGAGAGAGAGAGUGAAUAAAAAGCAGCUUAAACAAAAGUAGUAAAUUACAAGGCACAACCAAGGUAAAGGGAUAAAGACAUUAAAGUAUGGGAUGACAAAUAAAAACCACACAAUGGUAGUAGAUCAAAGUAGACCAAACAAAUCGUGGUGAAGUCGAUGGGGUUGGUCAUAUGACAGGAAACCUGUGUGCUUGGAUGCAAAAUGACAGCUAAAUGUGACAUUCAAAUGCGCGACCAUAGUGUAGUGUUUAGCAACCGUUCAAUUUAGGUAGAAGAGUGCCGUGCGCAGUAAUUAGAAAGAUACACACACAUACACACACACUGCUAUACCGUUGCUAACUGGUUGCGUUGUUACUUUCGUAACGAGACAGUUUUCCGACUUUAUAUUUUGUAAAAUCUUGACAAGAACAAAAUAGAGAGACAGCUUGUAAUCCUGUUCGUGUUUACAUAUUUAAGUUAGCAAAUAAAACAUUGACUAUAGGGGUGACUGCAAAGAAAGCAUGUAGCAUAAUUGCCACCACAAUAAAACCAACACAAAACACAUGUAAAACACGUAUGUUACUCACGUACACUAGUUUUCUGAUGGAGAAAUAAACGGUAUAAUAUAGAAACAUGCAAAUAAAAAAAAACAAAACACGAUACCCAAUAGACCAGCCAGAAUGGAGCAAAAAACACACACACACAUAUGGCCAACAGAAAAGCGAAACAAGGGCGACGGUUUUGCAUUGUAAUUGAGCACAUGUUUGUAUGAAAUAUAUUUCUAUUUUGUAUACAGAAAAUAUUGUAUCCCGAACACCCCUUCGAUUCCGCAGCCGGAGCCCCUUUUUUGGUGUGCCAUAAAUUUUUGGCACAUUGUACAGAGGCAAAUCGAGGGUCCGCAAGAGCAAUGAAUCCGGAGCGGGUCCGAUUGCAAAAGGCAAAAUGUGUCGUCAUAAUGCAGCUUUGAACAAAGGCAAACAAAAAAACACACACAAACGCGUUUUUUUGUAUCAAUUGUGCGGAAGCAUUAGUGGCCAAAUUUGUUCUAACGAUAAAAAUAUUAGACGACCGAGAGAGAGAGAGACAAAGGAAGAAAAAAAGAAAGUGUGUGUAGAGAAACAAAUAGACAAAUCAUUGUGUAUCGUUAAGUUACGUUCAAAUGCAGAAACUAAAAGCAAAAAAAAAGGUAAAGAAAAGAGCAGAACUACAUUUCAUUCAUCAUCUAAUGAAGAACACAUACAGAACACUAUGGAAAACGCA